AUUAGACGAGAACCAUCAUCUCGUUUCAAAACAUUAGAAGUAGUUAGAACAAUUAAUAUCGAAUCUGUUUUGGUUUGACCACGUUUGGUUGAGGUUUAGGAGAGAAAAGGAUAACGAGAUCAAAAAUGGAGGUGAUGGAAGAAGGUGAUUUGAUGGACAGAGUUCCAAUUCUACUUCAACGAGAUCGCCAGUAUUACGAUCAAAAUCAAACGGUUCUUCAAGAGAUUAUUUGUCCUGGUGUGGUUGGUGGAACACUAGAUUUUCCUCGAUCCGCUUCUUUUGCUUCAGUCAAAAUGGUCGAAUGGUGGGAAGAUGAAUAUUAUGCAGCAUACAAAAAAUAUUCGGGCUUGUUACAUCUUAACGAGUCAAAUGUGGGCGAAAAGAAUAUAGUGAAGGCAUCGAGUCCCGAAAAAUUUGUAAACGCCAUUACAAAAUCAGCCGAUAAACUUUUAGAACAUAUACAUACGUUGAGUCAGGAAGCACUUGAUCAUGCCGAUCUGACUGUGCUCACGGCCGUCAUUGGAGCAUCGGCUCUGAUCAAAAAUAGCCUAUGGGUUUACUUACGGUCUGUCACCGUUGACUGGUGCCCGCCGAGAGGAGACGAAUCCGGGGGUUCAUUGAAGAUUGCCUACAAACAGUAUAACGAAAUGACUGAAGCAUUAGCUGAACGUUUGCUUGAUUUGCAUGUUCGACUGUUGUCCUUGUACAUCGUUCAAGAUGCUGACUGUUUGCACUGGGAAAAGGAACAGCCAUUUUUUGAAUCGGAGCGUGGUUCGUAUACGAUUCAAAUGUGGUGGCUUUAUAUACAAGGUACGAAACAGGAUCUAUGGAACUCAGUACCGCCGAGAAUGGCAAAACGAGUGCUAGCCGAAAUGUUGAACGAAACUCUGACCAUUCUCACGGUUCGAUAUGAGCAGAUUGUUCCGAGUGUUGCGAGAUCACAAUUGGUUUUGGUUGACAUAUCGAAUUUGCUUAUGUGUAUGGCUGACAUUUUGCCGUCGGUUUGCGAAAACGGCGAAGCUCUGGCUGGAUUGAACAUAACACAGCAGAGCAAAUCGAUUCGUGAUAUUCACUGCAAAUGCCACGAACUAUUCGUAAUCCUACUGUCGCGUGGUGUUCCAUUGGGUGGAUUGUAUAAGAUUCUGCGAAAAGAGUCAUCAAUAAAUAAUCUCUUCAAAAUACGUUCUGGAUGUUCUUCACCAUGGAUUCAAUUUGCAAUGCCAACCAUAUUUACAAAUGACAAUUUCAAUAAAAAUGCAAACGAUUUGUCUGAAUUCACCAAAAAUGCGGCCAUUGCUCUAGAACUGAAGAUUCUUCUGAACUCGUCGCAGCCCGACUGGGCGCUUCUGUUGAAAAUACUGCUAAUGCGUAACUCGUAUUUGUCGUCAUUGAUUUUUUCACAUCUACUCAACAAUUUACCAACUUCAGAUUGCUAUAAAGCAGCACUCGAUCAACCGUUUUCCAAGCAUGAUAUUGACGCAGAGAAAUGUAAGAGAUUUCUUUGUAGCCGAGACUGUCACACAGUAGCUGAAUGGGCAAAUUUGGACAAUGAUCCAGUUGGUCAAACAAAUUAUCAAGUGCUGUUGGCUCUCACUUAUUUACAAACGAUGGUUGGCAAAUCUUCGGACAUAAAAUCCACGUUAGUCGCAUCUUUCGAACGAUCACUUCAUCAAGAUUGGUCGAAUUGUUUGGAUCGACGGCAAGUUUGGAAUCAAAAACGGCCCCCUUGGUUCGAGGCGCUACAUCAUAUGAUUUAUCCAUUGUUGACACCCAUUGCAAAUAUAUUGAUUGGCUCGAUGCAAACUGGUGCCACAAUUUAUCAAACAAUGGCUCUUGCGAUCUCUUGUUUAACCGAAAUGCUUGACUGUCUGCCGAAUAAUUUGUUCAUACUCACAUCAACGUUGGGUGAAAUCAUAUCGACCGAAGUGCGACCGCUUGGUGAAUCGGUUUUAGUACAGACUUUAUUCAGUGCACUCUAUACCAAAUUUAUUGAAAUCUCUGAAAAAGAUGUGGCCAAUAAAACGGGCGAAACAACGGCGCUAAGCAAGUCAUCCAUUUGCACGACGCUUGCCGAAGCAAUAUGUUCAAUCGAUGAAGAUAAUAAGCACACUGAAGGAAUUCAAAAUCUCAUUACAAAGGCUCAGUAUUAUAUAACAACGGACAACAUUGUGAUUAAUGAACGAGGAGCCGCCAAGAACGCUGACACAACUGGCAGUACCCAUUCCGAUCAUCUAGAAUUUAUUGUUGAUUCAAGUGAUCAUAUACCGGACAUUCUAUGCGGCGAUUUACUUAAAACUUUAGUUGGAAAACAAUGUGCUAAACUCCUAUACAAUUACUUGAAGUUCAAUGGCGAAUGGUUGCUUCACAAAUUAAAAGUGAGCACGGUGGAAAUGAGCGAAUUUAAAACAUUACCCGGGCAAAAUAUUAAAGAAGAGCGAUCGGGUUUGCUACAGUCAAUGUUUCACAUUGGCCAACAACCUUUUGAUCAGCUAUUAACAGGAAGUCUUCGUAUCGAUUACACAUCGUGGUUGCAAAUGCCACUGAGUCUGAGCCGAUCCAAAAUGUGGAUGCAAGUCUCAAAACGAUAUGAAUUCCAAGAAAAUACAAAACCCUCCAUCCAAGAUACAGUUAUGAUUGCGUUCAUUGUUUCUCAAUUAAAGUCCUAAGAACAGAAUACAUUAAUUAGCAAAUCGAUUCUUAUUCGUUAGUUGUGUCGAUCAUGUAGAAAAAAAAUAAAAAUGAAUGCGAGAAAAAAAA